CUUUCUUGUUUUAAAUACUCUGCAUGAGAGUUUAGAGAGAGAAUGAGAAAGAUGGCAAUGGAAGAAUUCGCAGUUCUAAAACCUCAAGUGCGUUGUUUAAGGGAGGAGGAGCAGAAGGUUUGUGUGAACAAUGCCUUCAGCUGCGGUUUGGAUGCAAGAGAGAGGAAGCUGGUUUGUGUGACCGGUGGGAAUUCUAACUUGGGUUCUCACAUAGUUAAGGCUCUAUUGGCACGUAGUUACUUGGUCCGAGUCACAAUUCAAAACCAAGGGGAUUAUGAAGACAUGAAGAAGCUAAUGAGAGAUGAAGAGAUAAACCAACUCGAGGGCGUUGUUGUGGCGAAGAUGGGUAGUCUGGACAGUCUCUGUGAGGCUUUUAGAGGUUGUCAUGCAAUUUUUCAUACCUCCUCCUUCAUUGAUCCACACGGUAUCUCCGGUUAUUCGGAACAUAUGGCAUUUCUCGAGGCUGAAGCGGCAAGGAAUGUUAUUGAAGCUUGUGGCAGGGCAGCAUAUGCAAAGAGAUGUAUCUUCACUUCCUCUCUUCUUGCUGCCAUUUGGACUGGUGACAAUGAAAACAAGAUCAUUGAUGAGUUUAGCUGGACCAAUGAGGAAUUCUGCAGAGAAAACAAGCUUUGGCUAGCCUUAGGAAAGACCACUGCAGAGAUGACUUGUUGGAGGAAGUCCAAGGAAAUGAAAGUGAAUCUUGUUACAGUCUGCCCCGGCCUUCUCAUGGAUGCAUCUUUUCCAAAUGCUCACAACUAUGUACCAUAUCUUAAAGGCGGCAAGGUCAUGCUCGAACACGGUCACCUAGCCAUUGAGGAUGCGAGGAAGGCGGCAAAAGCACAUGUCUAUGUUUAUGAAGCCAUGGACUAUGGAGCCUGUGGGAGAUACCUCUGCUAUGGGAAGGUUGUAAGAAAAAUGAGCGAAGCUAUUGAACUAGAAAAUGGAUUGAAGAUUCAUGGUUUGUUAUCAGGAGGAAGACAUGAGGCCUUAGAUGAAGAAAUACAUAUCAUGCUUAGUAAUGCAAAGCUUGUUCGAUUGAUUCAAGGUUCUCAAAAGUUGUCUUGCAAGUAGUGUAAACCGUGGCUGCAUCAUAUAGGAUAUUUUAUUUUGACAAAGCUCCAAAGUGGGGGGGUGGUUGGGGGGGAGAGAGAGAGAGAGCAGACAAAAGCUUCAUGACAGGCUUUGCAAGUUGAGCAAGUUCACAAAUCGAAGUAGCUAGGGAGAUUGUGAAUGGCCAGACAAAUUAAGCUGAAACAAAAUUCUUGCUCGUUGGUCCUUGCCAUAGAUAGAAAUGUAACCCUAUUGAAUAUUUGAACUUUUAAUGAAUUUUUCUUACCAUUGAGCCUACUGAAA